AGUUCAUACCCGGUAGCCUACCUCUCUCUCUCUCUCUCUCGCUCGCUCCAGCUGUGUGUGUCCUGGCGGUUCACCCGAAUAAUAUCGCGCCCAAAACUUACGACUGGAACCCCUUGCUGCUGACGGCUUGCUCAACCUACUGAUGAUAUACCUGCUAAAUGUCAGGCCGUCCUGUUAACACGGUAUCGACGUCGGGAAAUUAACCACCCGCAUGGUUUUCCACACGAACAUGUCUGACUGGAAGAAGUCCUUCAUAGAGGCGGAGCAAGAGAAGGCGGAAACAGAGUUACAACAUGUAGAGCCAAUCAAACUGCGAGUUGGCCUCUACGUCACUGUAUGUCUCUUCAUCGCUGGCGGGAUCUUGAUAGUGUCAGCGAUCGGAGGAUUUUUCAGCCUGAAGAGCGGGUGGUGGCUGGUGUGUGCAGGCGGGUGUGUGGGCGUAGAGAUGGUGGUGGCUGGAGGCGUGGUCACCUGGAGUGGGCGAGGCCUCUCUAACACUGCCCUGGUACAAGGGUACCUGGUGCUGGGGGUGCUCUCCGUGGUGUCCUGCAUCCUCCAGAUGACUCUCCUGGGCCUCCUGGCAGCCGUCACCCCUACCUUCGAAGCCACGCCCGCACUACCACCCACGGCCAGCCAUGAGAGGAUGCGGGCGUGGGUACAGUUCCUGGGUGGUGCUCAGGGGGCCAUGGCAGUGCUGGUGGGCGGGAUGGUGGGCGUGACCAUCGUGGUGACGGCGUGUUGCUGUAAGACCCCUAAAGACAAUGUAGUGGGUGUGUAUCAGCCCAGGUGACAAUCCCACCCACAACCAUCACACACCCAACCUUCACAGUCACGUACCUCCCCGCUCACCUUCCACUCUCUUCAUGUCCAUGUUGAGGACUUAUGUUGACGCUUGAACAAACAAUAUAAUUAAGUAAUCCUCACUGAAAUGAGAGAUUUAAGUCCUAGACUUUCUGGUCUGAUGAGUGCAGCGGGUCUAGCGUUCUUCCUCCUCAUAAUCCUCUUCCCGUCUCAUUUCCUCUUCUCUCCACAGACUCCCCUUUCCGCCCACUUUGUCUCAGCUGUCCUCCCACCCUCUCAUCUCCAGCUUCGAGCCUCCCCUACAAUACUCAGCAUCUCUGCCCUGCGUGUCAGUGAUGCCCACACGUCGAUUAUGAAAUUGGUCUGGGUCACCAUCCAUCCCCACAUCACAGCUUCAAGGUCGGCCGGACGCACCCCACGUGACACACUUCCGGCGGCGUACCUGGGGCGUGACACGGGCCGCCCACACCCCGGAAACCCACGACAACGAGGGCGUGACCCCUACGCCAACCCCACCACCUGCUUGUGCGUGAAACUCUAUACUGUUACUAUGAACAAAGUGGUACUGUGGAACUGUGUUUAGCGACAUGGUUUGGUUAAUUUUAUAUAGUGUUGAAAACAAAAGUAUGAAGUUGUGUACAUAGACAGUUUGAUAAAAUAGUGUAAAUAUACUGUAGAAGGCAUGUCUGGAGGCGAGUGUUGGUGUCUGUGUUGUGCCGCGUGUUACCCUGAACGGAGGUGCUCACUCACAUAAUAAUAGCAAGUAGUGAAACUGAAGGUUGACUCUUACCACCACUUAAUAUACCAGCCAGUGCCAGGUUUCAGCAUCCUUGCACACGUGAUCGGGCAGAAAAAUGCCAAUGGUAGCAAUUCUUUAUUAUUGAACCAUUUCCAUGGCAACCAUCCUCAAAUUAUGGCAAACACUUAUCAUCGUUCAAGCUGCUAUAACUGCUAUUAAAUAUGCUAGGGUGUUAAAGGAAAGCUCUGGGAUUGUUCUGAACAGCCAUGCCUCUUAUUGCUAGUGUUCUGCUAAUUUGCAUAUAAUUAUGACGUCACAAACCGGAAAAAAUAUUCCUAUUCUGUUGUGCAUUUGUUGUUGAGUCUUGGUGGUUCAAAAUAGUGCUGUCUGGUAGGAAAUAUAUCUAG